GAAUAAUUUUUCAAACUUUAUAUUUUUGAAAACGUAAUAUAUUAAAAUAUCGUAAUUUCAAUUGUUCACGAAUUAAAUUAUACUUUGAGAAGUCCAAUGAAGUGCUGAGUUACAUUCUGAAACAACAAACUCAACUCUCAACAGAGAGAAGCAAGAGACCCUCAACCCCAAUCUGUUUGCUAAAUAUGCCUCUAAGCGCAACGAUGGUGGGAGCCCUGCUGGGACUGGGUACCCAGAUGUACUCCAAUGCCCUUCGCAAGCUUCCUUACAUGCGCCAUCCAUGGGAGCAUUUGCUGGGAAUGGGGCUGGGCGCGGUUUUCGCUAAUCAGAUGGUAAAGUGGGAAGUCAAAGCCCAGGAAGAUCUCGACAAGUUACUUCUCAAGGCCAAACAAGCCAAUGAACGCCGCUACUUUGGUAACCUAUUUGUUUUUCUGUAUAUUUCUGAGUUGUGA